CAUUUCAUUUAUCCGGAAGUGCCAGUUUAUAGUCGGAGUUAAGUCUGAAACAGACGUCUUUAUCUGAAGCGAAAAAGAAAAGCUAGAAAUGUAUCUUUGGAGUCAUAUAUUCACUGUAUUUUUAGGUUUGUUUUGGUAUUUUUCAGAGUUGGGACCAUUUUUGAUCCAGGUGUGCUGCUGUGCUCUGUUUUUUCUUAUCAUUUUUCUACCUGAAGGCAAUAGCAAAUCUUGUGAAAGUGGCACUCAAACGGAAUGUGACUCUGAUCGAGCUAUAAUAUCUCAGCUACAGCAAAAAAGUGAGACCGGCCAUAUAGUUGGCAGUGAUGCACCAGACUCAGCAGUCCGGGUUGUACAGAAAGCAUCUCCGCAGUCACAGUAUCCAAAUAUCCAACAGUCACUUCAGCACAUGUUUAAGCGUGCCUACACUCACCUGGUCCUGCCAUGGAGCACUAUUCCAGAAAUUGGAGACAGUCAGUCUCUACAUCUAGCAUUGCUCACUGAAUUCAACUUGGUCAUGGAUGAGAUCAUUUAUAAGGCCAAAGACAUAGAUCUCUCAGUCACUGCUCUUGGCUGCAUUCAGAUCCUCACCAAGCACCUUCACAACACAAAGCAGCCAGAUGGGUCCACGGCAUUUAGUUCUAAGGCUGAAGAGAUUGCUGAAAUUAGGAGCUUCUGUAGAGCCCUCAUACACAAUCUUUUGCCAAAACAUCUCUGGGAACCAAAUGUCUACUACUGUGCCUUCCAAGAAAUUAUGGCUUUGAAAGUGCUGGAAUUUGUGACAUUGCUCUCUGACCCAGACAACUUGAACCACCUAAUUGUUUCACAGCUGGACCAAAGACCCCUGGAAACCACGAUUAUGGAAACUCCUGACCCAGAUAGGGACAUUUCUUCUUCAGAGCUGAGUGAGAGCACUGAUGUGCUGCAGAGUGAAACAGAGGAACAUCCAUUUGAAGAACACAAAGCUGAAACAAAAGGCAAAAAGAAAAAAAGCAUUCAUAACAUUGUCAAUCAUAUGAAAACAAAAUUAAAGAGGAAAAAGAAAAAAGUAAAAGAGGGACCCGUGUCACACCGCAGGGCUGCAGUAAUAGUGAACGAAGGUACAAACAGCAACGAGGGCUCCAUCUGUGAAAGUGCUGAUGAUCAUUCUGAUAAUUCUGUGUGGUCUCUAGAGGAGGAUAGGAUGGAAUUUAAGCUCUCCUACGAGAUGUGGAGGGUUGGAUUUUGGGCAGUUACUGUCACUAAUGUCCAGAUGGAAGGAGAUGAGUUGUGUUUCACAUUUCACUUGGAGGACAGCAAUAAUCCUGAGAACCUCCACUGGGAUGUGAAAAGGAACCAGUCAGAGAUAAUACAGUUUUAUGAUCAAUGCAAGAAAAUAGGACACUUGCUUUCCUUAAUGACUAUGGUGGAAAAGCCAAAAACAGAGUGGAAUAAAGAAGAAGCGAGAGAGAUUUUGGAAAAAUCCUUGCAAGAUCUGGUGGCGAAUGCAGAAUUUGGCAACUCUGAGCUUGUAUUCAAGUUCCUUGGUCCAAUUGACUGGAUGCAGCAUGAAGAAGAGCAUUAUGGAGGGGUGUGGUUUCUUUUGGGGGAGAUUGCAUCCUUUCUCACUCUUGGCCAAAACGAUGAUGAGAUUUGUAACCUUAAAGGGGACGAGAAGGAACAGGAAGUCAUGUCCGAAUGCAGUAAAUCCAAGGCCAUACCUCAACAUGAAUUGUGUGCAGAGAGACCACACAAAGCAACUGAUGAUGAGUCAUUAGAGGCAGAUGGAGGACACUUGAUCACAUCUGAUCAGAUGCCCACAUGCACGGGUGAACAACAAAACACAGACCACACUGCACAUCCUAUUAAACUUGAAGAUGUCAGUGUAAAUAUAGCACAGUUUGCCGCAAGGACAAAAUUCCUUAAAUUCGAAAAUAAAUUGAAACAUGCUGCAGCUUGCAGUCCAUCUGAAAGUUACGAGGAUCAUUCGAUCCAUUCCUCAAGUGAUACUCUUUCAGACUGCAAAUAUACUGGGUAUGUAAGCCAGGCAGAAGAUCUGCCACACAGAAAAUCACCAGAAAGAGACAAACCUGAAAAGAAGGAGGAAGACCCUCAUCUUGAAGAGUCGCCAAGCCAGCCAUCAGGAGAUAAGAAAAUGUCCGUCUCUAUGGAACAACCUAUAGCCAAUAAAGUGAUAUUUGAUUUACUGAAGGAAAUCUCUGGAAAUUCAUACACCUUUAAAAUCAUGAAGGCUGUUGUAACACCAUUUACAGCAGUGAUAAAUAAGAAAAUGAAUGCUUUUUUGAAAAAUCUGAAUCCUUCAGAAGCUCAGAUUGCCACCUACAUCGAAAGCCUUUGUGAGCGCAUAUGGCCUGACCGGGUUGUACCGCAGCCGCUAACUCAAAACAGUGACAACAAGAAUGAGAUCAAGCAGAAAGCGAUGCAGAUCAUGACUUCCAAGUUUGCAGGCUUAGCCAUCAUCAACAAAACCAAUGUGGAGAGCAUUUUUAAGACAUUUCAGAAUGCAGAGGAAAACAAGAAGCUGGUUUAUAGGUUGCUGGGGUAUCUAUUAAGAAGGCUUUUGCCUGGGGAACCUGGUUCUAAUGUGAUAUCCAACUACAUGUAAAGCCUUCUUAUUAACCAACAAAUGAAUGAAUAUUACAGGUUUUAAGUCUUUAUUAGAUGCCUUGUUCUAUUUCAUAUGGAUAAUGUGUGAACCUGGUGGUCCACAACCACUUACAAGUGAAACAGAAUAUACCUCAGAUUAAGGACUUUGUUCAGUGGCUCAGCAGUCACUUUGGCAGCUCAGGGACAUGGGCUCAUACAUUUUUUUUUGAUAACUUGAUGGUGAAAUCUUUUAGAAUUUUUUUACCUGUUUUGCAAAGUGCUGUAAAACCAAUGCAACUAAAAGCAUUUUUUAUCCUGAAAUUUGAAGACCUUUGUUAAUGUGACCCAAAAUGUGCAAAUAUAUGUACAUAUUUUGUACAGGUGAUGCAAUUUUUUGUACAUUAAGGUUGUUCUAUGUCAAAUGUGACCUGUUCUAUUGACCUACACUUUGGAAUAGCCUCCAUCUCCAAGUUAGAUCUGGUUUAUCUAUUAAAUCUAUUAGUUAGCUAUCUGUUUUUGUUUUGUAUGUAGCACCAGAGUAUUGGAGAAACAUUCUCAUUUUAUUAUGUACUGUGUCAGCUAGAUAUGGUUGAAAGCUUCUUGACUUGACUAAAUCUCUGGUUUUAAAUCUACAGCCAAUUUUUUUAUUCUAGAUAUAUUAAAAAAUCCUAAUCACAGUUUGUCCUGCUCAACAUAUUACUUUACUGUUUGCAUUUUUAACUGUGAUUAAUUUGUUUAUUUCGAAUUCAACGAUAAUCAUGCUGCCUCCUAAUGUACAGCACCUUGGUCUACUCCUGUUGUUUGAAAUGUGAUUUAUAAAUAAACUUGACUUGAGAUGUAUUUAA